CUCUCACUUCCUGUCAAGUGAGGCAAGAGAAGGUUCUGUAUUAAUACCAGACUAGGGCCUCGCAGACUUCUACAGUGGCUGCUUUCUGGGCUUCACGUACAGCAAACUAAGGGGACCUCUUCUAGCUGAGACACACCAACUCAUAUAGGCAUUCUGCUUUUUGUGAACUUGGAGCAGGUUAAUGAAGGCCAGGAUUCUAGGGUUAAAUCCUGUGUAGGCUCUGUCAGUCAGUCAUCAGGACACACCAGAUUUCAGAGGAUAACAGGAAACAGCAAUGGAGGGAAAGAGUCUUGUUUUUGUGUUGUUUUUGUGGAUGCUGCCACUGGGACUGAAUAGAACAGUGACACUUCAGCCUAACAGCCACUCCACCGACUUCAGGAGCAGUGAGGUUACUGCAACUUCAGACCAAGUUUCACCUUUAGAAAUGGCACAAGAGCACCUCAACAAUGCACCAGAUGAAGGAAACUAUAGCACCGUAGCACCUUCAGUUGAGUUGAAGUUCACAGUGAAGAGUAAACCACAGACUCCAGAUCAGGUGUCCACCAGAUAUAUCAGCUCUUAUCUGCCUUCAAUCCACCCUUUGAGUACGAGAACAAAGAAGAACUCCCAGUCACCUCAGGACCGCCAAACAACCAAAUAUAAAAACAACUCCACGGUGGAGAUCACAGCAGAUGGAGCCGAGGAAACGUCGCCCACUAUGGGGAAUCAGCCUCCGGUAAGCAGAGUUACACCCUCCGGCCAGGGAAAAGUAAGUCCAACAGCAUCACCAAGACCUUCGGAGUUAUCCUCUCAAACAACCUCACCGACAACAAAUCAACCAACAGAGAUCCAAACAGGGCCCGGUCCAACCAAUCUUCCGAUGUCGCAGUCCAACGACUCCACAGAGAGGAUCCGACCCACGCCAACUGGUGUUGGAUUUGGAGUGACACCGACUAGAGCCGAAUUUACUUUGAACACAGGUAGGAAGGCUCAAUUUCCCAGCACCCCCUCCCAGGCCCCAGUCACAAGCAGGAAAUCAACCCCUUCACACCCCACUGAAAGAGGUCCAACAGGCUCAUCUGAGCUGCCUAGCGCUGCCACUUCACCCGCCACCCUACCUCCCUCUAUAGCCAUGACCAAAUCUUUAACCCGCAUCUCCACUCCUUGGACAUCGACCCAGCCCGCCAAGACCCUUGCCACCACUGCAGCCUCUGUUACUGCUAGUAUUGCCUUUACCAGCACCAAGGGCCAAUCCCCACUAAUGGUCCCCACUACAAAACAUGUCGCUGCUGCCACCACCACCACGACAAAAAAUAAACCAAAGCCACCUCCGUCAAAAACGACAAACAAAGACAAGAGCAAAAAGACGGGGAACCAUGGCACAGUGGUGGCUGUACUGAUUGUUGUGACACUGGUUCUGAUGUUUGUCAGUUUUGGGGUCAUCUUCGUGAGGAAGCGCAGACAUCAGAGGAUGCAGCUGCAGAACACAGCCUGGGCCGGCCCCUCUCCGUUUCUGGACAGUGGAGUCCAGUCUCGACUGGAUAAUGGCGAUAGCAGUGACGUCCACCUGAGGGGCUCCAAUCGAAUCUCCUUCUCUGGCUUCCUGUCUCAGCGACUCUCCAAGAGGCUGUCUCUGCUCCAGGAGACUGACGAGGAAUUCCGGAUGGGUGAGAUUCCGACAGGAAGUACAUUCGGAAGAGAGACUGUUUCAGAUGAUGUUCAACCGAGUAACGGGACUGCUGCAGUGCACAAAGAAAAUACCCAGAUUGAGGUGGUGCAACCUCUGGACAACUCGUCAUCUCCUCCUCCACCGACGUCUUCAGAGACCACUGCCACAGCACACACCCAUGACCAUCAACCUCCUACCUCCUUGCAGGUUGUUGAUCUGGGGCCAGACAAUGUUCCAAAUUCCUCUCCCUCUCAUACGCCACCAGAUAUCCCAGAAGCUAUUCCUCCACCACUGUUGGAUGUUUACCUGGGUCCCCCCUCAGACCAUGCCAGCCCCCCUCCACCAGAGAGCACAGACCUUCCAACCCCACCCCAUGACCUGCCUUAACCAGUCUCCAAGCAGAUAGUAACACACAGGAAACCCAUUCUUCUACCCCUCUACCCAACAAAGGAAACCACUCCCGCCAAAAAACAACUCAAACUGAUGCUCAUCGGUGUUCCGUUUACUUCAUCUAUACCUCUUUCUGAUGAAACAUUUCAUGAAUUGGAUCUUCAACUAGGCCUAUAGCCAGUUUGAUUGUCAAAACCGAGCCAAACCAUUUCUCUAUUUACCGGUAGAACUUUGACAGUGGCCACAAUUAUGUGAUUUUUAACACAAGAUCCCUGUGGUCUUUCUGUAGUAGUAAGACAUCCAAAUGUACACUGAGAAAGCUUUCCCAAAUGUUUUGAUUCAAGUCAGAUCCAUAUUCAUUCAGCCUGACCAAUCUGUAGCAGUGAGAUUGAUUUGAUGCUACAACAAUUGCUUUUUCUCCUGUGUACUUUUUGGAGGAAAACACAGUGACGUAAGGGCCUAAACAUCAGCAUCAUACCCAGUGGUGAGAUAAUUCAGAGAAGGAUGCACUGCUGAAGUAAUGUAAUUCUGUGUGAGCGCAAGUGAACAUUUCCAGUCACAGCAACAACAUUUUUUUAUUUUUUAUUAACAUCGACCCAGGCUGAGACAUUCAUUGGGCAAAAUGGUGAGAGAGGAAGUUCUAAAAGGAAAUGAAACGAAGGGGUGAAUUAUAUAAUUAAACUGAGAAACGAUAGAUAGAAAGGGAUAAAAUGAAUGUGAAAAUUAGAGAAAGAGUGAGCAGGGAGUUAAGUCUCUCAGUGGGGCUGGCCCGACACUGUUAGUGAGUGCGUUACUGCAGUGUUGCAGUCACUCCUAGCGUAUUUCAGAGCUGUACAUCAGUACACUAACCGUAGAGAGAGCGGACAGGCCACAGAGACAGAAAGAGGGAAAUGUCAGACCCACAAAUAGCGCCUCAAUGUCUCAUCUGAAGAGAAACCACAGAAACAAUAAGAUGGGACACGGAAAGCAACAACCACACACAAUUAUUUCCAUCUACACAUAUUCUUAACUGUUGACAAAUGAGAGUUGUGAAAUGCUCAUUGUUCAUCAAUCAUGUAUUUAUGCAGUAAAUCCGCUGACAUGCAAUAAACCCUCCGAUGUUAAACACUGGUUUGUGUACUACAUCAGCGUCAUACAGCGAGGCAGACGACAGGCUCAUUUGUUUAGGCCAGGCUAUAUUUCACUACUGCGUGGUGAUUGAGAGAGCAUCAUCCGCCUACACCACAAGCCCUGCUGACCAGAUGGCAGCCACGGCACCUGCUUUAUCCCUCCCUAUAAAGAACGUUGCCUGAAAGAUACAGCCGUCAUAAAUCCAAAACCCUCUCUGCCUUCCCUUCCCUCUCUCCACUACUCUAAUUCACAACUCAUUCCAGACACAUUCUCCAGCUGAGUACUAAAAGGGAAAUGUUUCUAUUGAAAAAUGAUUGCAGAACUCCCUGUGUUGAUACUGCGGCAGAUAUGAACGAAAGGUGAGAGAGGUUGAGGGAGAAAGCAGCAUGAGAAGUAGCUAAACUUGGGUAAGACAGACUAUUUUCAGUCCUGUUUCACUCUUACUGUUUUCACAUCUGCAGUUCCAGAUCUGACAUAGAUUGAGUUGGUGGUUUGAAAACUAUCAUAUCAAUCUUUCUACAGAAUCCAUGCCAUGUUCAUCUCAACACAGGUCUAUUCGUUCUACUAUCAUGACAAGCUAUUGUAAGAGUAUGAUUUUUAGUAUGACUACAAAUCAGACUUUUAUCAGUCCUUCCUUAUCAUUCUAAAACAAUUGCAUGUGCUGUGACUACAGUUGGUUUUCACACAAGUAGGUUGCAAGGUGGGAAACCUUUUGUUAACACCUUUUCACUCGUGCAAACACAUGUGGUUUGUGUAUCAAUUCUCUUGAUGCUUCAACUUAUUAACAAUCCUGUCAACAUGACAGAAUUAUAGCAAUCAGUUCUUAGUCAAUUUCAGAGAAUGCAUUUUUUAAAUCUAAUGACCUGAGGCGAAUAGCACACAUUAGUUUCGCAUCACAAACUCUCACAGCUUAUUGGUUGAACUCCCGAAACUAACACAGAUGAUUGGUGUUGCCAUGCAGAGUUUCACACUUUUGACUGGUCUGGUGUUACUGUGCUAGCACCAGGCACUGCACUAUGGAGGGACUUUUGUACUAGGUUGCAUUUGCAGAUACUUUUUCUGUAGAAUUGUGAUUACUGCCAGCAAUUCAUUCUGGCUCGUCGCUGAAUGAUGUUGCCAGCAGUAGCAGGGCAGCUUGCUUCGGCUGAAGUGCAGAAUUAAAUAUUCACUGCUUGCAUACGGCUAGUUGCAGAACAGAGCAGUUAUGUGGUGCUAAGUUCUGAGUGCCUAGCACAAUAAGCAUGAUGUUGUGUGAUUGUGUGUGUGUGUGUGUGUGUGUAUUUCCAUGAGAGAAGCCCCAAACCUAUGUUUUAUUGGCCAGACACAAUCUGCCAAACUAUGACUCCUUCUCAGAGAGAGAGAGAGGAGAGGGAAAGAGGAUAGGAGAGAAAGGAGAGGGAGAGUGGAAAGAGGAUAGGAGAGAGAAAGGAGAGGGAGAGUGGAAAGAGGAUAGGAGAGAGAAAGGAGAGGGAGAGUGGAAAGAGGAUAGGAGAGAGAAAGGAGAGGGAGAGUGGAAAGAGGAUAGGAGAGAGAAAGGAGAGGGAGAGUGGAAAGAGGAUAGGAGAGAGAAAGGAGAGGGAGAGUGGAAAGAGGAUAGGAGAGAGAAAGGAGAGGGAGAGUGGAAAGAGGAUAGGAGAGAGAAAGCAGUAGACAGGACCACAUAACUACUUUCAAAUCAAAGUCCUCUAAAACCAAACAGGGUACGGACAUGUGAGCAUAGAGAUUCAUUCAUGAAAUGCGGUUUUCAAAACAUCAUUACAAUCACCCCCCAGCAAUACAGACCCACUUAAAACAAGGAUUGUAUUAACAUGGCCGCAGCAACGUUGGCCGUAAAACAAAGCCACUAGUCAUAGAACACCUAUUCAUGGAUCAGCACAUUUGCAAAAAGCUGUUCUUAUUGCAGACUGCCAGGGUGCUUCCUGAAGGCAGCUGAAAUGGAGGAAGACCAGGAGGAUGGUGAGACAAACUGUACUGUUAAUACACAAACAGUGUUAAUUUGCUGCUGAGAGCGGUGGAGGCAGCCAGUCGUUGUAGGUGCCAAUUGUGAUGUGAGAUAGCGCUGCCAUCAGGGGGCAGUGUGUGUGUGUGUGUGUGUGUGUUAUGCAUCCCAUAAGCGUUCAGCCAGAACAAUGUCACCCUGCCAGAUCUGUACAGUACUAAAGGGAAUUCAGGGGAACUGUGUGUGUGUUAAAACACUGUGAGCAUGAGUACAAAAUGCUGUGAGAGCAAGAGAGAGCGAGCGAGAGAGAGCGCGAGAGUGAAGGGGAAAUGGAACAUACUGUGACUAUGAGAAUGUGAAAGUUGAACACACGAGGCACUAAUGUCCAAUGAACAGCUCACAUUAGAAUGCGUUAGCGUGUUUGUAUGUACACUGAACAAAAAUAUAAAUGCAACAUGCAAAAUACCCCAGAAAUAUUCCAUAAGAACAAAAUGCUUAUUUCUCUCAAAUUUUGUGCAGAAAUUUGUUUACAUCUCUGUUAGUGAGCAUUUAUCUCUUGUCAAGAUAAUGACGUAGGCAGUGACAUCACUUCUGGUUUAAUAAAAUAACAUGGGACCUUUUCUUUGAUGCAGAACUUACUCAGAAACAUGUGUGCUAUGUUCCUGAAUGUCAACUUCUGUCUGCAACUGCACUAAUAAAGGUUUUUUAAUGAUUUAAUUAAAGAUAUUGUCAUAAUGCUAAUUUCACCAAUGAGCCAAUGAUUGACAAGUACCAAGGAACGAACACUAACAGGGUGAGCGGUUUGCUGAUGUCAACGUUGUGAUCAGAGUAUCCCAUGGUGGUGGUGGGGUUAUGGUAUGGGCAGGCAUAAGCUAUGGACAAGGAACACAAUUGUAUUUUAUCGGUGGCAAUUUGAAUGCACAGAGAUACCGUGAGGAGAUCCUGAGGCCCAUUGUCGUGCCAUUCAUCCGCCGCCAUCACCUCAUGUUUCAGCAUGAUAAUGCACGGCCCCAAUUCGCAAGGAUCUGACAAGUAUCCAUUCCUCCCUGGCCUGCAUACUCACCAGUCAUGUCACUCAUUGAACAUGUUGGGAUGCUCUGCAUGUCACAGUUACAGCAACGUCAUACAGCCAUUAAAGAGUGUGACAACAUUCCACAGACCACAAUUAACAGCCUGAUCAACUCUGUGAAGGAGAUGUGUCGCAUGGCAUGAGGCAAAUUGUGGUCACACCAGAUACUGACUGGUUUUCUGAUCCACACUCCUACCUUUUUUUAAGGUAUCUGUGACCAACAGAUGGAUAUCUGUAUUCCCAGUCAUGUGAAAUACAUAGAUUAGGGCCUAAUUAAUUUAUUUCAAAUUGACUGGUUUCCUAAUAUGAACUAACUCAGUAAAAUCUUUGAAAUUGUUGUUUAUAUUUUUGUUCAGUAUACUGUAUGUGUAUAAAAAAGAGAGAAAGAGGGGAAGGGAUAAUGGAGAAAUAAUUGCUUUUAUCAAGUGAGCGGGAUCCUGAUUCUGAAAAGAUUGGAGUCAGCACAGUCUCCGCACCCCCUGCUCUCCCCCGUCUCAUCAUCAGCAGAGGGGGCAGGCACUGUGCUGCAAUCCUCCUCUCUCUCUCCUUCAGACCGCUCUUUCCCUGAGUGCAUUAGGAGCCUGCAGAGGAGCGGUGGAGGAUGACUGGCGCUAUCAGGGGCACCCUGCUCUGGCAUGCUUGGAGGAUGCCACAAACCAGGAGAGGAUUUUGAGACGGAGCGAGAGAGCCUGUCAACCACUGGCCAACGCCAACACAGCACGAGAGAGAGAGAGACAGCGAGAGGAGGGAGGGGUCCACCUUUACCAGAGUAGGAAGAAGAGCAAGGGAGAAAAAAUUAAGUGAGAGAGGAAGAAUGUGAAAGAAAGGAAAAAUACCCCAAAAGAAAGCCAGCGCAAAAAACUGAGAGCCAAAAAAGAAAAUGGUGCAUGAAUAAUAAGGGCAACUUAACACCCUCCAGAUUUGACUUGACAAUCACUCUCUCCAGCCAGCUGCUCUGAAAAAAAGAGGGGGGAGCAAGUGAGAGGGCUGGCCGAGGGAAGGAGAGAGGACGAAAAGAGCAAGAUGACGGAGUGAAGCGAUGGACAGGAUCAGAUGUGUGUGAAUGAGUGAUGGUCUUGACGAAGAUCCAUACAGGAUCAAAACUGUGUCCUUCCAUUUAGCCCUCAUUAUGCUCCCCCACGCCCCGUUGGCCUGCCUCUUCCUGCUCCUCCUGUUGGGGGUGCUGGGGGGGAUGGUCCUGUCCAUCUGCCCCGCCGUGUGCUCCUGCAGCCGGGGCCACCGUGUGGUGGACUGCUCCUCACGACACCUCUCACAGCUGCCCCCAGGCCUGCAGCACAACAUCCACUUCCUCAACCUCUCACACAACAGCCUUUGUGGUCUGGACGACCAGCUCAGCCACUACGCCCACCUGCGUACCCUGGACCUGUCCUAUAACCUCCUGGGUCGCUUCCCCUCCGGACUGCCCAGAGCCCUCUGGGACAUCCGGGCCGCUGGCAACCAGCUCCGAGCCCUGGACAAGAACGACACGGCCUACCAUUGGAACCUGCGGGUACUGGACCUAUCAGCCAACGAGCUGGAGAGGGUGGUCUUCAUCAACAACACCCUACCCAGCCUACACGCCCUAAACUUGAGUCACAACCGGUUCUGGACCGUGCCCACCAACAUGCCUCAUAAUCUGGAGAUGGUUGAUUUGGCACACAACUACCUAGUUCAGAUCCUCCUGGGAUCAUUGGACCGGCUGCCCAGGCUGAGGAGGUUCUACCUGCAUGCUAAUCGCUUCUCCUGGGUGCCGGAGGGGGUAUUUGACCGGUUGGAGGGGCUCGAGUUCUUGACACUUGGGGAUAACCCUUGGGCUUGUGAAGAGGAGGAGAACAUCACACGGCUCUUGCUCUGGGCCAAACAAACCCGUGCCGCAGUGUUGGGCUGCCCCUGCUACACUAGGCCAACAUGUGGGCAAGCCCAUCUGGCCACUCCAGGAGGGGAGUGGCACUUUACGUCCUACACAGAGCCUCCGCUGGGGGCUGAUGCCAGAGAGCUGGGCCGUGGAGGCCUCACACCGGAUAGAGCUGCAGUCGUCACUUCUGGGUACUUGGCUAAGUCUGCGUUGUUGGAGCCUGGGACGCAUGGAGAUAGAGGGUCUGCCAACAGCUCGGGGGAUCAGACAUUGUUUGUGUUCAUCUCCACCCCCUUGCACGGCCUCUCCACACGCACAAGCACUACAGGGCAGCCGCACUCUGCCGCCAAGAAGAAAAACACAGGAAGCACACAGAACAGAAGCCACGGAGUCCACACACCAAUCCUGUAUUCUGUAGUCACCUGGAACCUUCUAGUCACGGUGACUGCCUUCAAAGCCUUCUAAACCCACCCGUUGUCAGUACUAGAGUCAAGUCUUUUGGAGAGGGCUAACCCUAUGUACGUAUGACCCAGAAUGUAAAAGGGAGAGGUUUGUUAUUGUUUUCAUUUUAAAGAACAACUUUCAACUGUUACUGCCUAAAUGUGUAUCCUCUCUCAUCUUCCAACCAUUUGACCACCAUCUACAGAGUGAUGUUGUGCUGUAUGGCUAUAUCUUUCAAACUUGUAUACAAAUAAUAUCUAGGCAAAUGUAUACACAUACAGUGCAUUUGGAAAGUAUUCAGACCCCUUCCCUUUUUACACAUUUUGUUACGUUUCAGCCUUAUUAUAAAAAUGUAUUAAAUAUAUAUUUUUCCUCAUCAAUCUACACAAAAUACCCCAUAAUGACAAAGCAAAAACAGGUUUUUAGAAAAACAGAAAUACCUUAUUUACAUAAGUUUUCAGACCCUUGGCUAUGAGAAUGGAAAUUGAGCUCAGGUGCAUCCUGUUUCCAUUGAUUGACCUGGAGACUGGAAUCUUACUGGGGUCAAUUCAAUUGAUUGGACUAUAUAAGGUUGAUCCAGAUCAGUUGACAGUGCAAACUGAGCAAUCGGGGGAGAAGGGCUUUGGUCAGGGAGGUGACCAAGAACCUGAUGAUCACUUUGACAGACCUCUAGAGAUCCUCUGUAGAGGUGGGAUAACCUUCCAGAAGAACAACAAUCUCUGAAGCACUCGACCAAAUCAGGCCUUUAUGGUAGAGUGGCCAGACGGAAGCAACUCCUCAGUAAAAAAGGGACAUGAAAGCCCGCUGGGAGUUUACCAUAAAGCACCUAAGGGACUCUUAGACCAUGAGAAACAAGGUUCUCUGGUCUGAUGGAACUAAGAUUUUGUCACGUCUGGAGGCAACCUGGCACCAUCCCUACUGAACAUGGUGGUGAAAGCAUCAUGCUGUGGGGAUGUUUUUCAGUAGCAGGAGACGAGUCAGGAUCGAGGGAAAGAUGGAGCAAAGUAAAGAGAGAUCCCUGAUGAAAACCUGCUCCAGAGCACUCAGGACCUCAGACUGGGGGGGGGGGGGUGGAAGGAACCUAACCGUACAGUCAAGACAACGAAGGAGUGGCUUCGGGACAAGUCUCUAGAUGUCCUCAAGUGGCCCGGCCAGAGCCCGGAUUUGAACCAGAUUAAACAUGUCAGAGACCUGAAAACAGAUGUGCAGCAACACUCCCCAUCCAACCUGACAGAGAUUGAGAGGAUCUGCAGAGAAGAAUCGGGAAAAAAACUCCCCAAAUACAGGUGUGCCAAGCUUGUACCGUCAAACCCAAGAAGACUCUAGGCUGUAAUCGCUACCAAAGAUGCUUCAACAAAGUACUGAGUAAAGGCUCUGAAUAAUUAUGUAAAUGUGAGAUACACAAACCUGUUUUUGCUUGCCUUGUCAUUAUGGGGUAGUGUGAGUAGAAUGAUGAAACAAUUUAAUACAUUUUAGAAUAAGGCUGUAAACUAACUAAAUGUGUAAAAAGUAAAAGGGGUCUGAAUACAUAUCGAAUGCUUUGUACAUGACUAAUAAUACUCUAUCGGUGCGGAAACAUGAAUGCUCUACUCUAUGUAGUCUAUACUGCUUGUCCGUUCUGAUGACAGAUACUGCGUUUUCUGGUUACUAUGAUAUAAAGAAAAGGAAAACAUUUAGAACGCAUUUAAUGUACGUGUUGUUUGAAAGAGUCAGUGUAUGAUGUGAGAAAUAAUCUUUAAACCUUGGCAUCAUCUUAGAGGGCCUGCAAGUUCUUAAAGUGGAAUUGACAGAUAAUCUACUUUGCAGAUAUGAAACAGACAAUCAUAAUGCCAUUCAAAAAUAUACAAUUCUUAUUUUAUUCAACAAAACCAACUUUAUAACUAGCUUUGAAAAUAGGUUCUAUUUGACUCAAUUCCAUGACGAUGAGUAAAGGCUUUGUUGGUAGAAUAGACGGAUGCAGUUCAAUGCAUGAUUAAUACAGCUAAUUCUCUAAUACA